AUGCUUCACCGACCUUUCACGCCGCAGAAGGUUCGAAUGCAUCCGUUCCCUCACGAGAUCGAUCAUGUCGUGCGACCACGAUCGCCACCGAAGUCGCCAAUGGUAAAGAUGCCGACAGCCACGGACUCAUUCCCAAAAUCUGCCAGUUGCAGUUCGCUACCACGGGCCAGGGUCGCUAUCGAUAAACACCUUCCACGCAUCACGAGCUCUGCAUUGCGCGAGGGGAACGCCAACAAAGACGCCGUCGAUCGUCGAAGCACUUCGCGGGGGUCGGUUGUGACCUAUCAGACGGCAAACGAGUCAGUGCUCGAUGAAAUGCGGGCGUUUGUGGAAAUGAAGCGCCGCGAGCGCAAAUCGGCAACCACAGCAACGGAUGUGGACGUGGCAAAAAACGGCGUGCAGCGCAAAGUCACUCGGGGUAUUGAGCUGCACAUGCAGUGCCACCUCGAGUUCAACCAUUUGCACAACCGUGCGACGCGCCACCUGAACGUGCACCCAGAUCCGACGACAAACUUUGGCGCUGCCCUCGAGACGCCACCCGGACGCAGCAGCCCGUUCAAAGUCCAGCAAAAAGACACGUCCGAGGGCAGGAAGAAGAAGAGAGAGAGUCUCUCUUAUCAAAAGCUGCUGAGAAAGCUGUCACCGACGAUCACCAACUCCGCCACGACGUACAUCAAUCUCUUGCAUUUACUCCAGGCAUGUCGCGUGUGCGGUGGCCGCGUCACUUUUUGCAACACGUGUCAAACCCACGCCAACGAGUACUUCCACACGUUCUCGCCAGCAGAGCUUGAGAAGACGUACGGAAAGCAACUGUCACCGCCAGACAGCACCAAGGUCGCCGAGUACAGUGCCUAUCUGCGCGCCCGCGAGGCUGCUACCGUACGCAAGGGUGAAUCAAAGCAGCUCGAGGAUCGCAAUUAG